AUGUCAAACCAACCGGUAAAACGCGGUUAUUCGGCGGCCACUCUAGACUAUAUUGGAGCAAAAUACCUAGGUGUGCCCGAUGAAAAAUGCAGCUACACAAGCCAGGAAGUCCGAAUCCCCAUGCGCGACGGGAUCAACCUUGUUGCCGAUUUUUACAACCCGAUACUACCCAAUGACCAAGAGCCUGCAGGCUUGCUUAUGAUUCAAUGUUGCUAUGGCCGUGGGUCAGGAAUAUCCUUUUUUAACGCUCGUGUCUUUGCUGCUCGUGGUUACCGGGCACUUUUUGUCAGCACACGAGGCACCUAUGGCUCAGAGGGCGAAUUUAGUCCCGCAGUUCAUGAGCAGAAUGAUAGUCAGGAUAUCGUCAACUGGAUGCGUCAACAAUCCUGGUAUCCCGGCACGUUUGCAACUCUUGGAGCUUCAUAUCUGGGAUACAGUCAGUGGGCACUUUUGCGUGAUCCACCCGAAGACUGUGUCGCCGCUGUUAUUCCUGUUGCAUUGCAUGACCAAGCUUGGCAUGCAUGGGGUACCGGCUCCUUUCGACUUGAUCGCGCGUCCUGGAGUGAUUUGAUGUCGCGUAUAGGUGACGAGAGUGGUAACUUCCUUACGCGGUUGGCGAAUUUGCCUGGAUUCAGCUUUUUACGGUCCUCUGAGCUCGAUGAUGCCGUGGCAGGCCUACCACUUGAAGCUAGUCUGAAGACUUAUUUCAAAGACAAGGCUCCAUGGCUAUUUGAUUACUUGAAUCAUCCGAAUGUUGAAGAUCCCUACUGGGAAAAGAGACGACAGCAGAUCGCCCUUGAAAAGGUUAACAUUCCAAUCCUGCUAAUCAGCGGGUGGUAUGAUACGUUUACAACACAGACUAUGGAGCAAUACAAGCACCUAUCUGAAAGAGGAGUAAAUGUCAGUCUCAUUGUUGGACCUUGGACACAUGCCCAAGGCAGUGGCUUGCGCUCCAUGCCAGAGAUCAUGGAUUUCCUCGCCCAACAUGUUGCUAAGACUGGAGAAUACGGUAGAAGUAAGGCUCGGAUAUUUGUCACCGGAGCGGAAGACUGGUCCUCGCUCCCUCAAUGGCCCCCGGAAGUCCCAACAAGAACCCUGUACCUCCAAACGAAUACCGGCAUUGGAUCAGAACAACCUUCUCGGGAUGCCGCACCCGCUUCUUUUGUUUUCGACCCUCAGAAUCCCACCCCAUCGAUAGGUGGUAAUCAAAUGUCCUCCGGCGGCCGAGUUGAUGACAGCGCUUAUGGGGAGAGAUCUGAUGUUCUGGCGUUUACGAGCGAGCCCCUCUCACAGGAUCUCGAGGUUAUAGGUGUUCCAUCUGUUCAGCUUUCCCAUUCAAGUGAUCCACCAUUCGCAGAUUUAUUCUUGCGACUGAGCGAGGUAAACCCUAAGGGUGUUUCUCAUAACAUCACGGAUAUGUACCAAGGACUUGAUCCAACUCGCGACAUGUCACAGCCUAUAAAACUUGAUCUACAGGCAUGUGCUCACCGAUUCCGAGCAGGAACACGGAUUCGUCUCGCUGUGUGUGGAGGCUCGUUUCCGAUGUAUGCUCGAAAUCUUGGCACGCAAGAAGAUCGAAUCCGUAGUGAUCGAACAGUGCCUCAGAAGCAUACUGUCAGCUUGGCAAAUGGUGUUUCCCAGCUAAUACUUCCCGUAUCCAGUGACGGGACUUCUGUUGUUUAA